UGAUUAGUCAGUUUAGACACUAUUUGAACUCCAACAUGGAGACAUGUUCUGCAGAAGAUGAAGUUGAAUCAUUAUUCAACAAAAAAUUUGACUUCUGUAAUGACUCUGAUGCUUCAUGUCAUUGGACUUUACCUGUUUUAGAAAACCAAGAUGAAAAUUUAUUCAAAUUCGAAAAUUCAAAUUUGGAAAUACUAAAAUUGGAACUGAAUAAACUUAAAAAAUCACUGAAUGAUUUUGAUAUUAUUAAAUGGCACAAACACACCAGUAAAACUAAUCCAGCCGGUCAUAUCAAUGAUACAUUGAGAAACAAUUUUCAUCCUGAACUCUGUACACAAGCUUGGUGUAAAUUCCAUGAACUACUUUCAUUUGGUAAUGUUAUUCCAGAACAUGCUCUCGCAACCAAUAAAUUGAAUGCUAUUCAUAUAUGUGAAGCGCCUGGUGCAUUUAUUUCAAGUUUGAAUCAUUAUCUGAGAUCACAUUUUCCUAAAGUCAAGUACAAAUGGAUUGCCAAUACAUUGAACCCAUAUUAUGAGGGUAAUGAUCCGGAGUGUUGCAUAGGGGAUGACAGAUUGAUUUUUGAAUCUUUUGACUCAUGGUGUUUUGGAAGCGACAGCACAGGAGACGUAUUUUCAAGAACUGUUUUGGAUGAACUUGAAAAAAGAGCAUCUGAACUAAGCAUCAUCCAUUUGGUUACUGCUGAUGGAAGCAUUAACUGUCAAGAAUGUCCUGAAAACCAGGAGAAAGAUACAAUGCGCUUGAAAUAUGCAGAACUUUUCUACUCAUUAACAUUAUUGAGUCCUGGAGGAAGUCUUGUUCUCAAGACAUUCACCAUGUUUGAGUUUCCAUCUACAGUUUUGAUAUACAUCUUAUGCUGCACAUUUUCAUGUGUAUCUGUUCAUAAACCAGCAACAAGCAAACCUGGUAACUCUGAGGUCUAUGUGAUUGCGAGAAAUUAUUGUGGAAAGAAUCAAUGCAUACAACUUUUGUCUUUACUUGAAAGAAGAUUCCCCUUCGCAUGUGAAAAAGAUUUAGACAUCAUUUCGUUCAACAGCUUGCCUCCAGAUUUUUUAUCACAACAUGGGCACUGUGUUGAAAAGUUUGCCAAUUUGCAGAUGGACACAAUUAAACAAAACAAAGAACUUUUUGAAAAGAAUUGGUCCACAGCAACUCAUGAAGAGUACAAGCGCAAAAUAUGUGACACUGCAAUUGAAUUAAUGGAGAUGAGAAAGAUACAGAAAAACCAAUGCUUAUUGAAAAGUGGAAUGCUACGAGGGAAAGUGCAAUCAAAUAUUAAACUUAGACCAAAACUUAUUGGUUCCUUUUCACAGAGACAUAGUAGACCUGAUGAGCAUGAUAAGUUCCAUAUCACACACAUGAAGAUAAGGGACUGGAAAGAAGAACAUACUAAUAAAGUGUGUUGGGAAAGCUGCAAUGAUUCAGUUACCCCAGAUAAUGUAAACCUUCUGUAUGGUAAACCAAUUUCUUCAAUCAAGAUGUCACUUUUUUGUGACACUGAUUUCCUGAUGGAGCUGCAUAAGGCACACAGGAGUAUUAGCAAACUAAAAUUUAAUGAAACUGUUGUGGCUCCUGAAGUCUUCAAUACGAUUUAUGAAAUAGCAUCACAAACACAUGCCGAAAUUUUUGAGUUGGAACUUGAUGUCUCCCACCAGUCAUCAUGGGCGAAAGUUUUCAUCGGUGCACCAAUUUCAUCUCUUCGACAAAUCAAGAGAAUUAGACUGGGAGAAACUGAUUGUUCUGUGGGUUGUUCUUUGUUAUUGGCGAGUUUAAUUGACAAAAGUUUCCCAUCUGGCUGUUUUCGGGAGUUGGAUACAAAAAAUUCUCUGGUUGACAUCUGCAUAUGUGCUUUGAAAUCCCUUCAACCUGGCUCAGCAUUUGCUGUAAUCCUACCAAGCAUGCUGACUAGGUUCACAGCAGGAUUAGUUUGGAUCUUGUGCAAGUGUUUUGAGAAGUAUGUCAUAAUACCAGAUAAAUCACAUGCUCAGUUAUAUUUGAUUUGCAAGGGAAAGAAAGAUUCUAGCAAAUUGGCUGAAUUUGUGAAUAUUGUGAGUCAGGCAAUAAAAGAAACUGAUUGUGAUACAGCACUUUUACAGAUUAUUCCUCCCCAUGGUAUACUAUCGGAUAAAGUGUUCACUUCUUCACUACGACAAUGCAAUCAUUACGUGCUUCAAAAUCGGUUUCAACGACACGCCAGUUAUACUAUCUGAUUCUUGUAUGUUAUUGUUAUUGCAUUUCAAAACCUAUUUAAAAAUGUUUGUGUUACAAUUAAACUUUGAUUAUGCAA